UCUCUAGGGUUAUCAUUCGGCAGAGUGACGCUAAGGCGAAAGGAGCUCAGAUAUACUUUCACCCCGGCCUUAUCUUAUUCGAAAAAUAUCGGCGCAAUGGAGCACGACAAAUUUUUGAAGCCCACUGUCACCUAUCAUCUGUUCAUGUACCGCGUCGAACUGGCACGGCGCAAUGCCCGACUGCUGCGGCUUUCCCGGACCAAGAUCGAGAUCACGGAUGAGCUCAUAUCCAAAACCGUUCGCAACAUUAAGACGUGCAGCAUGGACGACUUGAAGGCGGUCAACCGGGAGCUGAUGUUCAAGCGGAAACUGAGGAACAACGUCUCUAAGCUGAAGAAGGAGGCCAAGCGGCAAAGCCAAGCGAACCAGCAGCCGGAGGAGCCGUGUGCCCCCAAACAGGAUUAGAGAAUCAAUCAGACCGCUUUGAUUUAUUGUACAUACUAUACCCACUUGUAAAUAAAUACUUUUGAUAAGACUUUUGCAUUGAAAUCGCUUUUGAAACUUGUUCAUUUUAUUGGUAGAUGGUUGAUGGAUGGGGAGGGGAAAAACUGGUAGCUGAAUCAGCUCAGUUCAGUUCAGUUGAGCUCUGUCCAGUCCAGCCAGCCUGGCUUAGAGCUUCUCGUUUGCAUUGAGCCAUGGCUAGAAAUUAACGGCAAAGCAAAGCAAAGUCACCAGAGAUCCGCUCGAAAAGAGACCUCUGACGACCACUGACUGACCCAAACCAGUUGGAAACUUUAUUAUCGUUUUUGCAGCGCCGCCUUUGUUUUUAUAUUUUUUCGAUUUUUGUUGUU